UAACCAUCGUUACUUUCAAGUUUCAACACACAAACGAACCCAAACGCGUCAUCGGUAACCACUCCACAACUUCAUCACUUUUCCAUAUAAUACCAAUCAAAUCCACCUAUUUUCUUUCAAAAUCCCCUUUCAAUUCAUCACUUUCCGAUCAAAUUCACCCCAUUCUGUUCACCAAUUUCACAAAUUCAGCUGCUUUUCCAUCUGGGUAUCGAUAAAAUGGACGACAUGAAGGGUAAAAUGAAAGGAUUCAUGAAAAAGUUCAACACUUCUUCAUCUUCCAGUAAAUUCAAAGGACAGGGUAGGGUUUUGGGCUCAUCUUCCUCUUCAAUUCCUUCUAAUCAGAUCAAUUCAAACCCUAAUCGACCCACGACCCGUUUACCCGACCCGAAACCCGUUUCAAAACCCGACCCAAAACCCAUUUCUUCCCCUUCUUCUCGACCCGAUUCGUCAACUUCCAAUGUUUUGCCUAAAAAGAUUGAAACUUUCGAAAAACCUGAAAAGUCAACGAAUGGGUUUGACCCAUAUGAUGCAUUGAUCACAACUGGUAAGAGGAAUAAAAAUGGGUAUGAUUUGAAGGUGUUUGAGUGUCCGGUGUGUAGUCGGGUGUUCGGGUCUGAACAAGAGGUGUCUGAUCAUGUUGAGAGUUGUUUGUCUAAUAAUGAAUUGCAAUCACAAUCAAGAAGUGAUGAUGCAUAUGAAAGUUUGGAGGUAAAGAGUGAGUUAGAGGCUUGUGUUGGUGCGUAUGUUUCUGCGAAACCGUCGGAUGGGUCGGUUGAGAUUGCGCUUAAGUUGUUGAAGAAUGUAGUUAAGGAGCCGGAGAAUGUGAAGUUUAGAAAGAUUCGGUUGGGGAACCCGAAGAUUAAAGAGGCGAUUGCGGAUGUGGCGGGUGGUUUGGAUUUGUUGGAAUGUGUUGGGUUUGAGUUGAAAGAGGAGAAUGGGGAGAUGUGGGCGGUGAUGGAGGAUGCGAGUAGUGAGAAGAUUAAGAUGAUUAAGCAAGCGGUUAACUUGUUGGAACCACCGAAGAUUGAAAAUGUGUCUCCUAUAACCGCGAAGGAUAAGGUGGUUGAACCGGUGGAGGUUAAGAAAGUUGAGAGACAGACGAGGGUGUUCUUUUCCGUAUCGGAAAGUGUAGCUGCAAAGAUACAACUUCCAGAUUCUUUCUAUAAUCUCUCCAUUGAUGAAGUGAAAAGAGAAGCAGAAUCAAGACGGAAAAAACUCGCAGAGUCUCAACUUUUAGUGCCAAAAUCAUACAAGGAAAAACAAGCAAAAGCCGCAAGAAAACGACACGAAAAGACCGUCAUAAGAAUACAAUUUCCUGAUGGGGUGGUGCUCCAAGCGUUUUUUAACCCUAGGGAACCAACCACCGCUCUUUACGAGUUCGUGAGUUCGUCACUGAAAGAUCCCAGCUUGGAAUUUGAAUUAUUGCAUCCAGUUGUGAUUAAACGACGCGUGAUCCCAAACUUUGGAGAGAGAGUUGUGACACUUGAAGAUGAAGAUUUGGUUCCGUCGGCUUUAAUCAAGUUUAGACCAAAAGAAACCGAUUCGGUUGUUUUUACAGGUCUUUGCAAUGAACUUCUUGAAAUUAUGGAGCCUUUAGUUUCUGAAUCAGCAGUUGCACAACAAUAACAGUUUGAACAUGAAGUCUAUUUUUUUAUGUUGUGAAUACUCUUGUUGAACAUAUAUUUGUUUUGUUUUGUUGAAUUGAAUUGCAAUUGAUAUAUAGAUAUUGUUUGUAGAUUGUGCUGGUUUAUAUGGCAUGGUCUUUUCUUAGAAA